CCCGUUGCUUUGGCUGCUGCUCGGGCGGCCGCAGCUCUCAGCUCCCGGACCCGAGGAGCGCAGGCGGCCGGCCAGGCGGGCAGGCGGGCAGGCGGCUGCAGCGCUGCUGCUGCGCGGCCGGGCUAGAGCUCGGAGUACAGGGCUGUUCCUGCUCCCUCCUGCAGACGCCGGGCUCUGCGGCGCGCUCGGGCCCUCCCUGCUGCCGAGGCGGCUGCGGCUGCGGCAGCGGGGGCUCCCGGCUCCCCGCGCAGGCGGCCGCCCCGGAGGGCCCCGCCGGGGGCGACCUGCUCGGGCUUGCGUGCGCCCCCGAGUCAUGGAGAGGGGCUGGUAAGGGGCACCCGGAGGCGCAGUAGUAGUAGUAGGAGGGGCCGAGGAAGAGGAGGAGGAGGAAGAAGAGCAAUCUGAGAGGAGGAGAGCCUGAGGAAGAGGAGGAGGAGGCGGCGGCGGAGAGGGCCGAGGGCGGAGGAUGCCGCCGCUGCCGCCGCCGGCGCCCGAGGACUCGGACGGAGCUUGAGCCCGAGCGGGAUGGAGUCCGCGUUGGGCGCUGCAGCGGCUCCGGGCGCAGCCCAGCCCAGGUGGGGAAACUGAGGCACAGAGAAAAGAUGUGACCUGCUCAAGGUCUCCAGGCUAGGCAGCAGCAUGGACUUAGGCAGCGAUUGACCAAGCCUGGAGACCCUGGUGUCCAGAAGGACGUUCCCUAGGGGGCAGCUGUGGCCGCCCACACUUCCCAGGAACCCCUCUGAUCCUGAGCCCUUGGAGAAGCAUCCCCAUGAAGGUGUCCAGUCAUGCAAUGCUCCUGGAAGGCUGUCCUCCUCCUUGCCUUGGCCUCCAUCGCUAUCCAGUACACGGCCAUCCGAACCCUCACCGCCAAGUCCUUCCACGCCUGCCCGGUGCCCAGCCCCGUGAACUGUAGCCCGGGCCCCGGGGAGGCCGAGAUGGCCGAGCGGCUGUGCGAGGAGAGCCCCACUUUCGGCUACAACGUCUCGAGGAAGACGCACAUUCUCAUCCUGGCCACGACGCGGAGCGGCUCCUCCUUUGUGGGCCAGCUCUUCAACCAGCACCUGGAUUUCUUCUACCUGUUUGAGCCCCUCUACCACGUCCAGUAUACCCUCCUGCCUCGCUUCACCCAGAGCAGGAACCCCUCGGACAGGCGAGUCAUGCUGGGGGCCAGCCGCGACCUGCUGCGGAGCCUCUAUGACUGCGACCUCUACUUCUUGGAGAACUACAUCAAGCCUCCUCCGGUCAACCACACCACGGACAGAAUCUUCCGCCGGGGGGCCAGCAAGGCUCUGUGCUCGCCCCCGGUGUGCGAGGCUCAAGGGCCGGCCGACACGAACCUGGAGGAGGGCGACUGCGUCCGCAAGUGCGGCCUCCUGAACUUGACGCUGGCCGCGGAGGCCUGCCGGGAGCGCAGCCACGUGGCCAUCAAGACGGUGAGGGUGCCGGAGGUCAACGACUUGCGGGCGCUGGUGGAGGACCCCAGGCUCAACCUCAAAGUCAUCCAGCUGGUGCGAGACCCUCGGGGCAUCCUGGCGUCCCGCAGCGAGACCUUCCGGGACACGUACCGGCUGUGGCGCAUCUGGGACGGCACCGGGAGGAAGCCCUACAACCUGGACGUGAGCCAGCUGACCACGGUCUGCGAGGACUUCUGGAACUCGGUGUCCACCGGCCUGACCCGGCCGCCCUGGCUCAAGGGCAAGUACAUGCUGGUGCGGUACGAGGACCUGGCGCGGAACCCCAUGAAGAAGACCGAGGAGAUCUACGGCUUCCUGGGCAUCCCCCUGGACAGCCACGUCGAGCGCUGGAUUCACAACAACACGCGCGCCGACCGCUUCUCCUCCAAGCACAAAUACGGCACCCUGCGCAACUCGGCGGCCACGGCCGAGAAGUGGCGCUUCCGCCUCUCCUACGACAUCGUGGCCUUCACCCAGAACGCCUGCCAGCACGUGCUGGCCCAGCUGGGCUACAAGGUGGCCGCCUCGGAGCAGGAGCUCAAGAACCUGUCGGUCAGCCUGGUGGAAGAGCGCCACUUCCAUCCCUUCUUGUGACCGCGGGGCGGGGGGAGGGCACGGGGGGCGGGGGGCCACGGAGAACCAUUUCUAACUGUUGCCUUAUCCCCUCUCCUCCCCCCAAGCCCGUCUUCGUGCCCUUCCCACCCCUCGCCUUUCUCUUUUCUCUCCGAAAUUUGCACUACGUCCUCGAGGGGCGUCACUAGGGAGCGGAGGGGAGCGAGGAGGGGGACGUGCCCCCUGCCCACGGAAGCUGGGUCUCUCUGUGGAUGGCUAACAAUGUUUACAAAUCUCUCACACACUCACACACACACUCACACACACUCCCAACACACAAGACACAACUUCUCUCAAGCGUCCCCCAUGGAAGGGUUUGGGGGGUUCGUGUACCUUUUUGCACUGUUUACUUUUACAAGGUAAGAGAUUAAAAAGAAAAGGACCUUCUCUAAUUGCUGAAUGGUGUCCCUCCCGGUCCUGCCCCCCAUCUUCCCGUCUCCCCCGCCCCCCCAGGAGGAGCGCCAGCCCCUGCUCCCCCUCUCCACAUUGGUGAAGUUUCUUCUUUCUGUGAGGUGAAUGUGGAUGUCCUCGCCCCCCUCGCCCCCCAGUCUGUUGCAAUAAUGUCGUCUGUCUGAGUCUUGUGGCUGGGCCUGGUCGCUGAUUGGUGUAUGAGUCCCUGUUGGCUCUUAGGGUUCACCUGUGACAUUUUUUUGUGCCAAAAGAAAAAAAAAGAAAAAAAGUCGGGUUGGUUUGCUAAUCCCAGAAUGGACUGCUUUUCUCUGUGUUUUCUGUAAAUAAAAGAGGUCGCUGUUGUUCACUGAGGCACCUUCAACAGGAAGGGGCACAGGGGAGGCUGGGGACAUUGAGGAGUGAUGGGGGGUCUGCGGGGGGCGGUGCCCAGGUGAGCUGGGAUGAUGGAGCCAGUGGCUGUUCUCCUCUCUCUCCCACAGCCUGGGGACUGAGGUUCCUCUCAGCCAGAGGUGUACAACCCUUUAUAGAGAGCGUCCAACCCAAUGUUUCAUUGUACGGAUGAGAACACUGAGGCUCAGGGAGAGGCUCCAUGACUUACCCAACAUAACACAAAUGGUGGGAUCUGAACAUGGGGAUCCAGAGGGGUCAGCGAGUCCCGGGAGGCUCAGCAAUCUGGCAUCUAACCCCUGUCCCCACUCUCCAUGUCAUGGUUGGAGAUGAGCUUCCACAGGCUCCCCGUGAGCCAAUUUUGGCAUCUUAUGGCACCUAGUCCAAGGGGACCAAGUCAUCCCUCUUUGGGGCCUCAGCUCACUGGUAUGGGGGUCCCAGCAGUUUUUCUAGACACACAGUCUUUCCUAUAGGCAUUGAAGAACCUAGAAGAAAACCAUGGAACCGGAGGGCUGACUAGGACCCCUUUACCGCCCCCCCCCACUAGAAGGUCCGCUCCCUUAGGUCAGGAAUCAUUUUGGUUUUGCCUUCAUAGCCCUGGCCCCUGGCACGGUGUGUUACUGAUUUUUAAUUCAUCCUUGUGGACUUGGGCUGAAUUGGAGUCACUCCCAGAGUCCCUGCCCCAGGGGAUAGGAAUACCCUUAGUGGUCCAGGGCACCGUCUCUGCCUAGUCAGGCCACAGUCUCUACCAUGAGCGUGCAGAGGCUGCACUUUCUCACGGGAGACGUGUGUCCAUCUCCUUCCCAUCUCCCCAUCUCAAUAGCGAGCCGACGUCCCGGAUGCCAGGCUUGGCCACAAGACUAUAGUGGGAUUAAUCCAGGGCUAGAAGCAUCUGAAGAUUUCCAGCUGAGAGCCAGGGUUAUUUAGGUUAUUUAGCACCUACUAUGUGCCAGAGGAGAAGCAGCAUCUGCCAGAUAAAAAACUGGCCUCAGAGGAAGGAAGACCUUGCUGCUUUUGAUGUAUAUAAGCUAUGUGACCAGAGGUGGACCCAGACAAGACUCUAUCGUGCCAAACAAGUGCCAACCUUUAUUAGAAGGGUUACUUGUGUCAAUGAAAUAGCAUCUGGUCUAGCCCCUAAUCCUUCCUCCCAACCCUAUGUUGGGAACUAAAUCAUUCCCCAAGGAUCAUAGAUUUUGAAUAAUUUUACAAAUGGGGAAACUGAGGCACAGGAGAGGGAAGUGACUUGGCCAAGGUGACAGGUGGUCAACAUCAGAGAUUUGAUUUGAUUUGAACUCAAGUCUUCCUGAUUCCAAUUCAAAUUCAGUUUCUAGUGUUCUAUCCCUGACCACAUCAUACUGUCAUUCAAGAGGGGUUGGUGGCGAGUCAUAUAUAUACACAGGUAAGUACUAAGUCAUUUGGGGGCAUGGAGAAGGGCACAGGAAGAGUCUCCUGGAUGAGGUGGCAUCUGGGCUGUGCUUUGAAGGAAGCUAGACAAAGGUGAGGAGGGAGAGUGUUCUAGACGUGGGGGCAGGAGUUGCCACAGUAUGUAUGGGACUCUCCUCAGAGAGGCUGACAUGACUGGGGGCCCAGUUUGGCUCUACCAAUGCCAUGACUGCUGGGGAAAUUUCCUCUGGGGUGGGUCCUCACUGGCCACCUUAUGGAGGGAGAUUUGCCACAUGUUCAUUUUUCCAACCCUGAGAUCCUUCUUUGUGAGAUGGGGAUGAUGACCUCGAAGGGUGCCUGGGAAGAUGCUGGUGGCAUCCAAAGUCCUGGAAUGGGAACCAGUGGCCCUGGGUACCAACCAGGCUCGCCACCACGACUUAUGUCACUGUAGACAACUCAGUUUCCUCAUCUGUGAAGAUGAUGAGCUUGGACUAGCCGGUCUCUGAGACCACCUUGAAUCCAUGAUCCUUGAGGAGUACAAGCAGACUGGUCUGCAAGGACAGGAGGUACACUGGCAUCACCUCAUGCCCCAGGCUGGGGUGGGGAAGGACUUAACACACUUAUUUAAAUGGAGGAAGUGACUUGCCUGUAUCUUUCUUGGUUAAAAUAAAUGAUUUCACUAAUGCA